GUGCGCAUGCGCAGAAGAGGAACCGGAGGCUCCGUCACACUUCACUGUAGAAGUUUACUGUUGGAGGAAAAAGACAAAGUUACCGGUUGAACUGUUAAAAGAGCGAAAACUUACGCAGGAAAGCGGAUUUUAUUUGCCUCUGAAGACAACAAAACCGAGCGGAUGUUAACCUAACUCGGAGACGUGAGAAGUGACACACUGCUGGGCCCCCUCCAGCCAUGUCGUCCUUGCUGUGGGAGCAGUGGCCUCUGCUGGUCAACAAUGGUUCUGAUCCUUCAAACUUCUCAGACAACAGCGGCUGCUACAGCCCCAAGCAGAGCACUGUCCUGACCGGACUGGAUUUUGGAGGCGUGCCAGUUGUCCUGCUCCUCAACUUCUGCGUCUUCCUGGUGCUGGUGAUCCUGUUCUCUAUCAUCAGGAAGAAGUUCUGGGAUUACGGCCGUCUCGCUCUCGUUGCAGACAAUGAGGGGUUCACUGAGUCGAUGCACCGCCGCUAUGGACGGAUGUCGUCCAUCGUGUCCAGCGUGGAUGAGACCGAGCACGAAUUGGGAUUCUGCUCUUGGCUGCCUUAUAUCCUCAGAAUGAAUGACGAGCAGAUAAAAGCCAGGUGCGGCAUGGACGCCGUUCACUACCUGUCCUUCCAGCGCCAUCUGAUCGUCCUGCUGGUGAUUAUCACCAUCACCUCCAUCGCGAUCAUACUGCCUGUCAACAUGACCGGAGACCUGCUGACAAGCGAUCCUCAGCGUUUUGGACAGACAACUAUUGGGAAUCUUCAAAAAGGGAACAGCCUGCUGUGGCUGCACACAGUGUUCGCUGUGAUCUACCUGGCCCUGACCGUGGUGCUGCUGCGACGGCACACCUCACAAAUGAAAGAAAUGCGCCGAGAGACGGCCAGGAACACCUUGUUUGUGUCUUCAGUUCCUAAAACGGCGACAGAGGAAGCAGUGAAGACCCAUUUUACAGAGGCGUACCCUUCCUGCCAAGUUUGUGCUGUGACUCUGGCUUAUGAUGUCUCCAAACUAAUGCAGCUUGAUAAGGAAAGGAUACGAGCUGGGAAAAACCUGCGCUACUACGAGCGCAUCUUGGAGAAAACUGGGAAGCGCGACCUGAUCAGCCCACGUUUGUGUGGUCACCUCUGUUGCUGUAGAAGCUGUGAGAGGGUUGAUGCCAUAGAGUACUACAGCACCCAGGAGAAAGAGCUGCUGGAGGAGGUGAGGCAGCAGGUGGAGCUGGUGCCGGAGAACCCGCUGGGACUCGCGUUUGUCACUUUACAGAACGAGGCUAUGGCCAAGUUUAUUCUGAAGGACUUCAACGCGCUGGACUGUGGAGGCACCGCCUGGUGCUGUGGGAGGGAGCGCCAGCCCUCGUCUCACAGCAAGGCUCUGAAAGUGAACAAGUGGCGCGUCAGUUUUGCACCACAUCCCAAAAACGUGUUCUGGGACAAUCUCUCCGUGGGGGGCGUUCUCUGGUAUACACGCUACAUCAUGCUAAACAUCCUCCUUUUCCUCCUGCUCACCUUCCUCACAACUCCCACCAUCAUCAUCAACACCAUGGACAAGUUCAACGUGACGAAGCCCAUCGCCUAUCUAAACAGUCCCAUCAUCAGUCAGUUUUUCCCCACUCUGCUGCUGUGGUCCUUCUCUGCCUUGCUGCCCACGAUAGUUUACUACUCAACACUGGGAGAGGCCCACUGGAGCAGGUCCAGAGAGCAGCUGAGCAUGAUGCGGAAGCUGUACUUCUUCCUGCUCUUCAUGGUUCUCAUCCUCCCCUCUCUGGGACUCACCAGUCUUGCAGUGUUUUUCCGAUGGCUGUUUGAUAAAGAGUUUCUGGCAGGUGGAAAACUGCGGUUUGAGUGUGUGUUCCUACCUGACCAAGGGGCUUUCUUUGUGAACUACGUGAUUGCAGCGGCGCUGGUGGGCUCCGGCAUGGAGCUGCUGCGGCUGCCAGGUUUACUGCUGUACACCAUCCGCAUGACGUGCGCUCGCUCUGCGGCAGAAAGGAAAUAUGUCAAACAGAACCAGGCCUACGAGUUUGAGUAUGGAGCCAUGUACGGCUGGAACCUCUGCGUGUUUACGGUCAUCAUGGCUUACAGCAUCAUUUGCCCGAUAAUUGUGCCUUUUGGUCUCCUCUACAUGCUGCUGAAGCACCUGGUGGACAGACACAACCUGUACUUCGCGUACCUGCCUGCCCGCCUGGACCGCCAGGUCCACCUGGGAGCCGUCAAUCAAGCCCUGGCUGCACCCAUCAUCUGCCUGAUCUGGCUUUACUUCUUCUCUGUCCUCAGAGCAGGUUUCUGGACGGCCACAUCUAUGUUCACCCUGGUGGUUCUGGUUGUCACCGUCUUCAUCUGUAUCAGCUACACUUGCUUUGGAAAUUUUAAGUACCUCAGUCCGCACAACUAUGAGGUGAAAGAGAGCGACGAGGAUCAAGCAGAGGGAGUGGAGGAAAACACCAAGGUUUACCUUCCCAGAGUCCUUAAUCCUAAAUCACCGGUGAGUGGCACACAGGGGACGAAGGCGCCGCCGCCGCCGUCCUACGGCUCCACAGAGGGCAGUCCGACCCACAGCUCUGCCUGGAGCUCCAGCCCGGUGGAGGACAGCUCAUCAGAAGCUUGAAUUAUUUUAUUACAACAGUGACUCUCGUGGGCCUCGAUGAUCAAUCAGCUCUUCUCACGAGUCUGAACUCACUGAGUCCCGUGGUUUGGUUUCUACUUCCUGCUAUGAAAUAUUCCGUCAGUUAACGGUACAAGUGUGUACAUUUUGAAGGGCUUUGUGCAAAAUUUAACAGUGACUGGAAAUGUAUUCUGUACCAGAGCAGCACGGACAAGGCGCUUUUGAUGUUGUUCGUCGAACGUUUGUUUGUUAAAAACCUCUCAGAAAAUGAUCAAUACUCUUCACCUUAAGCCAAACCUGUAAGGACACACUGUCAUUGAUUUCCUGCACACAAUAAUUUCAGACACCAAAGAGGGGCGAUUUCAUCCACUUUCAAUCUUUCACCUGUGUUUUCGGAGCACCUUCCAAGGGAAUCACUUGAUACUGCACUUUUUAUAUUAUGCUUAUUUUUACUAAAAUGAUCCUAAUGUGUCUACUUUAAUACGUGUCAGGGGAUUUUGCAACCAAAACUUCCUUUAAUUUGUUUACAGCUUUCUUUUUUUACCCGUUGUGCUCUGAGGUCUAAAUGCGCUUCUGAAGUCUUUAUGAAGGAAAGUUAAGACAAGUCAAAAUCUGAUUUUAUUUCAUGUAAUUACAUUAUUGUUUAUUUGUGUUUUUCCUUUGUCAAGAAACUAAAUCUUUUAAUAAAACCUGUUCAGUGUC